AUGGAGGAAAGCAAUGACAUGCGAAUGUCCGAUGAGUACAGUGCCGCCAGCAGUGAAGCAUCAUACGCCUUCCCUAGAACUGUCGAUAACUUUUCCAGGAGCACCAUUGAUCGUGCGGCAGCCGCAAAAUAUAGACUGGAACAUUUCUACAAGUUGCAGGUAUCCGAAAGUGCUGAUCGUGAAGCCAGGAGAGUCGAGUUAGAGGAAAAACUACGAACAGAAACAAUGUCUGAUGAACGACGUGGCAAACAAUUGGCAAAUCUCGGUAGAAAGGAAUCUGAUUUCUUACGUCUGAGGAGAGUGAGACUAGGUGUAGAUGAUUUCAUCACUGUCAAGGUCAUAGGGAAAGGUGCUUUCGGAGAGGUGCGACUGACACAAAAGGCAGACACUGGAAAGAUAUAUGCUAUGAAAACACUACGAAAGUCAGAGAUGGUCAAGAAGGAUCAGCUGGCCCACGUCAAAGCAGAACGAGAUGUUCUAGCAGAAUCAGUAAACACUCCAUGGGUAGUUCAACUCUUCUUCUCCUUCCAAGAUCCCAUAUUCCUAUAUCUCAUUAUGGAGUUCCUACCGGGAGGCGAUCUGAUGACAAUGUUGAUAAAAGAAGAUACAUUCGCUGAAGAUGUCACACAGUUUUAUAUGGCUGAAUGUGUUUGUGCCAUUGAGGCUGUUCAUCAGCUUGGAUUUGUUCAUCGGGAUAUCAAACCAGACAAUCUGUUGAUUGACAAGGACGGACACUUGAAACUAUCGGACUUUGGAUUAUCAACAGGCUUCCACAAAACACACGACUCGACAUAUUAUCAACGACUGCUUGGACAAAAAGAGAAUGGAAAUGCUGCAAACAUUGCGACAAGCUAUGAUAUGGGAACGACACGUGGCAUUGAUUUGACGUUCUCAAGGAGGGAUCGAGCAGCCACCUGGAAGAGGAAUCGAAGGGCAUUGGCUUACUCAACAGUUGGAACUCCAGAUUACAUUGCUCCAGAAGUUUUCUCACAGAAAGGAUAUGGAAAAGAAUGUGAUUGGUGGUCACUAGGAGCCAUCAUGUACGAAUGUCUCGUGGGAUUCCCACCCUUUUGUUCAGAAACACCAGCCGAAACAUACCGCAAAAUCAUAUCAUGGCGAGACGCUCUAUAUAUCCCAGACGACGUACACCUAUCCGCUGAAUCCGAAGACCUCAUCCGCCGAUUAUUAUGUGAUGCCGAAUCACGACUCACUGUAGAUUCAAUCAAGAGUCAUCCAUUCUUUAGAGGUAUAGAUUGGCAACUAUUACGACGAACACGAGCACCCUUCAUACCUGAACUCAAGAGUAUAACGGAUACGAGUUACUUCCCUACUGAAGAAUUGGCUGGUGUUCCUGAUCAGGUUAUGAUGUCGGUUGAUCAAGGGGCUAAUAUGGGUGGUGAUACAGGAACAGGGCGUGUUGGAACAAGCAAAGAUUUAGCCUUCUUGGGUUACACCUUCAAACGCUGGGAAACGAUUCGAAAUGAGCUGUAG